UUUAAAGAACAUUUGAAGAUAAAUCAAAUCACAAUAAAAUAAAUAAUAAUUACAUAAUUUUUUUAAUAAGAUGAAUGGUUAAACGUAUUUUAAAAGGUCAAUGAUGUCAUAUAUUAAAAAAACAGAAGGAGUAUAUAAAUAUGCCCAGCCUAUACUAAUUACACACUAAAAAUUAUACAUGUAAUUAUAUCAAAAUAAUAAAAUCUAAAUUAGUCCUGAUGACGUGUAUAAACCCGUGUUUUCUUAUUUUCCUGACAUUUAUGAAGUGUAUAGUUACCACAAGAUUUCGAUGAAAAUCACAUAUAAAUAGAACUUUAAUUUAUGGUCUCUAUUGGUAGUAAAAAUUAUGGUCUCUCCUGGGAGUAAAAAUUUUCUUUUUCUAAUUUAAUGGAAUGUAUCUAUAUAUGCUAUCAUCUCAGCUACUGCUACUGAUAGAACUUGCGGUAGAACUCAUAAAUCAAUGGUGUAGUUCACUUCUACUAAUGAUUAUACUGGUAAAGAUACCCACUCAUAACAAAACAUUGUAUUAUUUUUAAUUCAUUUUGCACGUACUCUUAAUUUACUAAAACUUUUUUUAGUUUUGUGCCUGCGGGUAACCAACAAGGUUCUGGCUUCAAUACUAAAAGUUUUAGUACAAAGGUAGUAGCUGGAUCUAUCACUGCAGCAAUAGCAGUGGUGGCUGGCGUGGUUGUCUUAUUGGUUUGCUUUAUGCGUAAGCGGGCCAGGUUCAACCACCACCGCCUCAAUAGAAAAACAGAGAUAUUAAUCGAGAUGCCUAUGGAAGAAGAAGUGCACAACACACGACGAUUCUCAUAUGCACACUUGUUAGCUGCAACCGAGAACUUCUCGGACAGCCGUAAGAUCGGUCAGGGUGCAUUUGGUGCUGUCUACAAGGCUCAGCUAAUGAAUUGGACAACUCCCGUGGCUGUGAAAAGGAUUAUGAGGGUUGCAGAUCAUGAACGAGCGGCACGAGAUUAUGAUAAUGAGAUCAAAGUGAUCAGCAAACUGAGCCAUCCCAAUCUUGUUCCCUUUGUGGGUUCGUGUGAUGAAAAUGGGGAACUUCUCCUUGUCUACGAACUAAUACACAAUGGCACCCUUGAUUAUCAUCUUCACUAUGCAAAUACAAUACUAAGUUGGAGUAGAAGGUAUAAGAUAGCACUUGGCAUGGCCUCAGCUCUCAACUAUAUGCAUGGGAAUCAUCCGCGCGUCCUGCACAGGGAUAUUAAGCCUGGCAACGUGAUGCUAGAUGAAGAAUUCAAUGCUAAAGUUGGUGACUUUGGGCUGGUGAGGCAAGUCCCCAUUGACAAAACUUCUUGCCCAAUGACCAUAUUUGGGUCUUCAAGAUAUAUAGACCCUCAAUAUUGUAGCACAGGCUGUAUCAGUCCGGCGUCUGAUAUUUACGGCUUCGGUGUGGUGCUUCUGGAGAUUGCUUCCGGUGAAAUACCUCAGUGUCUCAAGGGUAAUGGUCUCGUUGAGAAGUUUAGGAGAUUGUAUUACAGCAAUUCACUGCUUGAUGCAGUCGAUCGACGCCUAAACGGUGACUUUGAUGAGGAGCAGAUGAAACGUGUUAUACUCAUUGGGCUUCUCUGCGUCCAAUUCGAUCGUCACAUGCGGCCAUCAAGUAAGGAAGUUUUGGGCUAUUUAGAAGGUCAGCUACCAGUGCCUCAACUACAUAUCAAAACAUGCAAACAAGCAAAAUAAUGAUCUUGCAUCGCAAACAAGGUACUUACUUAGGUGAAGGGAAAGAGACCGAGCGUAAGAAAUACAUGGAUGAUCUAAGAAGUUGAUUGGGAACAAAAACCAAAACAUUUCUCAAGUCUACUCAUAUAUCACUAUGUCACUUUUGGUCCAUAAAAGGCAAGAGAAAAAAGUUUUGCACAUUUUGGAUUCGGAAUUGAGCGUCCUGACAGCAUCAACUUCAAAUGAAGGAAAAGAAGCUCCUGGCGAGUUUGAAGUUUGAUCCACCACUAUUGGAUUGACACAAAAUUAUCGUUAUAGCAAGUGAAGAUACGAGAUGGCACAUCUACUGAGGAGGAGAAACUAAUAAUGUCAUGCACCCGAUAGGCAGAAAAGAAGCAUCACAUUCAAGUCGCUGAUAUGGAGCAUUGUUCCUGUCUAGAUUACAAGGUAAUCAAAUUUUUGGUGGAUUUUGCUAGCAUCAAACCCAGCAUACCAAGAGGUUUCAUCAGGAGAUAUAAAAAUUUCGUUUUCAGUACAAGAGUUUCAUAUAGAAGAUUCAGGAUUUUAUUCCCAUGGCGAGUUUGAAGUUUGUGCACCAGGUUUCGCAUCUCGGUUUGGUUCACACACCAAUUGAUACCAUAGAUUUAGGAUUUAUUGCCGAUGGCAAAUUUGAAAUAUGAUCUACCUCUUCUGAAUCAAGGGUGUUACAAUUUUAUAGUCCAAGUGACUAAUUGGCGCACAAUAGUUUGUCUGCAUGAGGUUGUUUGGAGGAUGAAGGUGCUUAUGCUAAAAGGGAAAUUCGUCUCAAGAUGAAGAUUAUCAAACAUGUUAUCCGAAUUUCAGCAUGUAAUAUGUUUGUAUUAGUUUUUAAUUGGUUAGAUUAGUAUUCUAGUAGGACUUCUAGCCUUAUCCUAGCUAUUAGCCUUCUAGUCUUUUCUAGUAGGUGCGAUAACCCAAUGUAUCUCUUACAUUUGUAACCAAAUCGUCUAUACUGGUCAUUGCUGGUUGGCAUCCAUAGUUUUUAAUGUAAGAGUUUUUCACGUAAAUA